GCAGUCACUCCAGGCCCCACCCCAAGCCACUCCCCACACUCUCAGCGCCGGGACAGUGCGGUCCAUCUCGCCUCACCAUUGGACAGUUUCGGAGAGCAUGGAACGCUGGUUGGCUGACGUGGCCGUCAGUUAGGGUCAAGGCCUUGAUAACCGGUCCCCGAGCUUCGAGGGGGCGGGCUCGGGUGCGGGCGCGGCUGCGGCUGCGGCUUCAGAGUCCGGACUGACCCCAGAGGCACAGCCAGAGGGACAGGGCCCAGCCCCACUCUCACCCCCUCUGGGGGCUACUCCAGGAAACAUGGCCAAGUUUGCCCUGAAUCAGAACCUGCCUGACCUGGGCGGCCCUCGCCUGUGCCCCAGCGUGACUGGGGGAGCUCGCAGCCCGAGUUCGCCCUACUCGGUGGAGACGCCCUAUGGCUUCCACCUGGACCUGGACUUCCUCAAGUACGUGGAGGAGCUGGAGCGCGGCCCCGCCGCCCGCCGCGCCCCGGGCCCCCAGCCCGCGCGCCGCCCCCGCGCGCCACGGGCCGGCCUCGCAGGCGCGCGCAGCCCAGGCGCCUGGACAUCCUGCGAGUCCCUGGCCAGUGACGAUGGCGGAGCACCGGGCGCUCUCUCCCCGGGCGCGCCGUCGGGGCUCAUGCUGCUGCCGCUAUCGCCGCGCGCACCCGUGCGCAAUCCGCGCGUCGAGCACACGCUCCUGGAGACCAGCCGGCGGUUGGAGCUAGCGCAGGCGCACGAGUGCGUGCCCAGCCCCGGCCGCACGAUCCCGCGCAGCCCGCGCGGGUCCGGCCACAGCAGUCCCGCCCCCAACCCGGCCCUGGCCUCGCCCGGCCCCGCGCAACUGCAGCUGGUGCGCGAGCAGAUGGCAGUGGCGCUGAGGCGCCUGCGCGAGCUCGAGGAGCAGGCGCGCGCGCUGCCCGAGCUGCAGGAGCAGGUGCGCGCGCUGCGCGCCGAGAAGGCGCGGUUGCUUGCCGGGCGCCGGCAGCCCGAGCCCGACGGGGAGGCCGAGGCGCGCCCGGACAAGCUUGCCCAGCUGCGGCGGCUCACCGAGCGCCUGGCCACCUCUGAGCGCGGCGUUCGCGCCAGGGCCAGCCCCGAGGCUGAUGGCCCCGACGGGUCGGCUUCUAGCCUCAGUGAGGGUGCGCUGCAGGUCCUCGAUGGGGCGCCCCAGACACGGGAUACAGGCACCCAGACCGUGCCGGAGACUCAAGAGACGGGAGCCCAGGCGUUGCCGGAGACCCAGGAGGCCGGCGUGGGGGCAGCUCCCGAGACCCUCGAGGCGGAAGUGUGGGUGACGGAGGCUCUGCUGGGGCUGCCCGCGGCCGCCGAGCGCGAGCUGGAGCUGCUUCGCGCCAGCCUGGAGCAUCAGCGCGGGGUGAGCGAGCUCCUGCGGGGUCGCCUGUGCGAGCUGGAGGAGGCCCGCGAGGCUGCCGAGGAGGCACAGGCAGCCGAGGAGGCACAGGCAGCGGUGGCGGCCCAGCCCCAGCCGUGCGAGGUUGCCACCCAGACCCCGUGGGGUUGUGCCGAGAGGGCCACGCAGACCGAGCCCGCUGUGGAGGCCCCUGCCCCGACGCAGGAGAACCUGCCCGGACCCACGGAUGGGGACAGGGCAGUGGCACCCGCGGGCACUCUCAAAUCCAUUAUGAAGAGGAGAGACGGUACACCUGGCGCCCAACCCAGCCCCGGACCCAAGAGCCUGCAGUUUGUUGGGGUCCUCAACGGAGAGUACGAGAGCUCAUCCAGCGAGAACGACAGCGACAGCGAGGACGGCGCUGCCGAGCUCCCGAGGAGCAGUUCGUCGGGCUCAGGAGACGACAGCGGCGGGGGAUCCGACUCCGGGACCCAUGGCCCUCCCAGCGGCGGGGAGGCCCGGGACCCCGAGCCGGAGGCAGAGCCAGAGCCUCAGCCGGGCGCGCAGGGGAGUAGGUGCGAGCUGAGCCCGCGUUUGAGGGAGGCGUGCGCAGCGCUGCAACGGCAGCUGAACCGGCCCCGCGGAGUCGCCCGCGACAGUGGCGCGGCGCGCCUGGUGGCCCAGGAGUGGUUUCGAGUGUCGAGCCAGCGGCGCUCUCAAGCGGAGCCCGUGGCCGGGGUGCUGGGCGCGGUGGUGCGCCUGGGACGUGAGCUGCUGGAACACGUGGUGAACCUGACGGAUGGCAACGGGAACACAGCCCUGCACUACAGCGUGUCCCAUGGGAACCUGGCCAUCGCGAGCUUGCUGCUGGAUACAGGGGUCUGCAAGAUUGACCACCAGAAUCGAGCUGGCUACUCCGCCCUCAUGCUGGCUGCACUCACCUCUGUGGGGCGAGAGGAGGACAUGGCCGUGGUCCAGAGACUCUUCCGCAUGGGCAGUGUUAAUGCCAAGGCCAGCCAGACGGGACAGACAGCCCUCAUGCUGGCCAUCAGCCACGGCCGCCAGGACACGGUAGCAGCCCUGCUGGCGUGUGGGGCAGAUGUGAACGUGCAGGAUGCAGAUGGGGCCACAGCGCUGAUGUGCGCCAGCGAGUAUGGGCGCCUGGACACUGUCCGGUUGCUCCUGGCCCAGCCAGGCUGUGACCCCGCCCUCCUGGACAACGUGAGCCACCAUGGGGCUGGUGGGGUAGUCACACCUUGGUUCAGGGACCUGACUGUCCCUAUCAUCCCUCAGGAGGGCACCAGUGCCCUGGCCAUUGCCCUGGAGGCUGAGCAGGAUGAGGUGGCCGCCCUGCUGCACGCCCACCUGAGCUCAGGCCAGCCCGGUCCCCUGCUGCCCUCUGACCGCCCCACGGCCAAGCCUAGUGAAGGAGGCUGCAGUGACGGUGGAGAGGACCCCCUACCUCAGUGACUGGCCUGACACACUGGACCUGGAUUGGGGGAGAGCUUUCCCUCGCCCACCUCAACCUCGGGGCACAGCAAGGGUCAGGGUCCACAGGGAGGGGCUCAGCUUGAACUCUGCAGGGUGAGGUGGGACUUGAGGCACUCUGGUCCACUCACUUCUCCAAACUUUUUCCUUAAUAAAACAUUCCUAACUCAGCUUGUCUUGUUUUGGAGAUACACACAGACACGUGCUUCUCCCUCCUCAAAAAGAAAACGCGUUGUUGGGGAAGACAACUCCUCCACCCCCCUUCCAGAGUGCAGUGGGUCAGUGCAGACCACCUGGGGGGUCCCAUGGGAGAGUUUUAUAAGCUUAGUGGCAACUGAGAC